UGUAUUUUGAAAUCAAAACAAACAAAACUAUUUUAUUUCCACAGAUGCAAUUUUAAGAAUUUUUAUUUCUAAAAUUUGUUAUUUUCUUUCUAUUUUUGAAACGGUUAAUGUAGACUUUGCUUCACUCUAAACAUGGUUUUCAAAUGCCAAGAAGACAGUUUUUUAAAAGAGUUUACCGGAACUAUUGUAUCUUGCGAACCGGCUAAUUUGAAACUCGGUGAUUCAGAACUUCAAGGUUUCAAUGUCAUUUUAGACGACACUAUUCUAUUUCCAGAAGGUGGUGGUCAACCCUGUGACUAUGGAACUUUAAAUGAAAAACCCGUACGAAGUGUUAUUCGUAAAGGCAGUGAAGCCAUACACUUUGUUGAACACAAAGAUCCAUUUGCGACUGGAGAAAGUGUUAAACAAAAAAUCGACUGGCAACGCCGAUUGGAUCAUAUGCAACAACAUUCUGGUCAGCAUUUAAUAACAGCUCUAUUUGCUCGUGAUUAUAAUUACGAUACGACAUCAUGGUGGAUGGGAACAGAUUCAUCAUACAUUGAAUUGUUCACCAAUGAUGUUACGAAAAAAGAACUAAACGCAAUUGAAGAAGCUGCUAAUGCUUUGAUUGUGGAAGGGAGAAAAGUCAGCGUGACUGUCACCUCACCAGAAGAUGGCCUUAAGUUUCAAGAUGCUCGUGCACCAAAAGGUCUACCUGCCGACCAUGUCGGUCCAGUUCGAGUGGUCAGUAUCGAAGGCAUUGAGAGUAAUAUGUGCUGUGGGACACAUGUUACCAAUCUAUCCCAGCUACAAGCCAUUAAGCUUCUUCAUGCUGAGAAGUCUAAAGGAAAAGUCUACGUGCAUUUCGUUGCUGGCAAUCGAGUUGUUAAAAAGUUAGGCGAAUGCUACGAACGAGAGUUAGCCAUGAACAACGUUCUUAAGGGAGGUCCUGCUGUGCAUUUAGAUUUAAUUCAAAAAGUUCAAGCCAACAUGAAGACCCUGAACAAGAGCUUCCAGAAGGUGUUAAAAGAAAAUGCAACCAUGGAAGCAGAGAAACUAAACGCAAUGCCUGAGAAACCCAAAUACUUUUCAAUGCAUCGCAAAGAUGGAAUUGAGCCCGAUUUCAUAAACACUUUUCUACGAAGUGCUCCAACUGACAUAUUCUACUUUCUUUCGGUUUCUGACAACACCGGCAAAGGGCAUGUUGUAUUGAGAGGCGAUUCCGAGGUUAUUGCAAAGUUCGGUCCUAUUUUUAUGGAAUUGCUCGAUGGCAAAGGUUCCAGCAACAAAGAGAAUAAUCUGCAGGCCAAAGUGAACAAUGUAAACAAAAUAAAAGAUUGUGAAGCUAAACUAAAGCAACACUUUUCUCAAUAAAAAAGAAAUGCAUACUCAAAAAAA